GGACAUUUCUUAUUGAUGGAAGAAAUAUGAAUCUUCUUGAAUUGUGUAUUCACCUUGGUCAUGAUGAAAUUGCGACUGUUCUCAAAAAGUCCGUAAAACAUCGUGAGAAAAUUCAUGCACUGAGAAGAACGACUUGCAACCAGUUAGAGAAGACUGAAAUUCCUAUGCAGGGUUUUGUCGCCCAUGGGCAAUUCAGAAUUGGCGAUGGUGGUUAUUCAUGUGUCUAUGUUGGUCUCAUGAUGGAUGGAAGUGAAGUUGCUGUUAAGAGAAUGGUGGUGCAAAAAUGCGACAAAAUAGCUGAAAAUGAAAAAGAAAUAAUGAGUCUGAUAAAAACAGGCAACUCUCCAUUUAUCGUGAGCUAUCGACAUUUUCAUAACGACGGGAAUUUUGCGUAUCUAAUUGUUGAUCUUUGUGAGGAAACCUUGACGGAUCUUGUUGAUUCUGAGACCAUUGAGCAGCUAAAAGAGCAUGGUCCACGAAUGUUGCAAGAAAUUCUUUCCGGACUUGAAUUUCUUCAUGGUAAAGGAAUAUUGCACAGAGAUCUAAAACCAUCAAACAUCCUGGUUUGUAUCGAAGGUCACAUGAAAUUGGCAGACUUUGGAUUAAGUCGAAUUCUAAAGGAAAACGAAACGGCAGUUGAAACAGAUGCUAAAGGUACCGAAGGAUGGAUGUCGCCUGAAGUAAUAAAAGCGGGAGAGGAAAAAGAAAAAGGUCUCUUCAAAAAGAAAUCGGAUGUGCAUGUGGCGGGUGAACACCCUUUCGGCUUGAAGAUAGAUCGAAUGAAAAAUAUUUUGAAAGGAAACUCUGUCAAUUUGAAGAGGCUUGGUGAUCGUAAAGCACGGAAGUUUGUAUCAUGGCUGAUUAGUCACAAGAUUGAUGAUAGACCUUACGCUCACGAAGCGCUGAGGGAUAGUUUUGUUAGUAGAGACUGA